AUGAUCUUUUAUCUCUUCGAGGCCAUGCUUGACGUAAAAGCAAGGAAGAAAAUUUUUAAUUGCUGGGCCGAAAAGGUCAAGGAAGAUGGAAAGGAAGGUAGAGUUUUAUUACUUACUAGAAAAAAGUCUUAGUUUACGUAGGGAGUUUUUCUGGAUACUUCGGUAGUAUAACUUAGCCAUCGACUCGAUGGAAAAACUAACAAAACAAAAUUAACUAAAUUCGACUGACAAUGACAGUUUACUUGACUCUGGUGGUUACUUUAGCUCAGGUUGUCGAAACUUCAGUCACCACUUCCGACAACGGUCCUUCUCAGGACUUCACUCACCCAGGCGAUCAGAUCACACACUCAAAGCUAUUGAGUGUAAUCUGACCCUUCCGGUAAGGAGCUUACCGCCUUAUUAUUUUUUUCGAAUCUGUUCAAACGCCCAAAGAUCUUUCGCGAUGAAGUUAUACAGGGUAUUUGCACUAAGAUUCGGUAUACUUUUUCUCAGUUUUGUUGACCAGGCCCAACAAGGUCGUUUGUCGCAAUAUACGCAUCUUUUUUUUUUUAAUCUCGUAGAGGGUAACUUCCUGAAUUGGUUCAGGGUUUGAAGAUGCAGAUGCGUCCCUGCCCAAAGUUUCUCUAAACAUUCCUGAAGUUAACUCUCAUUGACCUUCUAAGAAGAGAUAAAAACGCUCUCUGAUUAAGAAUGUGCAUAAAACUAAGAGGGAGAGAAAACUUGUUUUCCUUGUCUUUUUAGGUUCCUUGCUUCGAGCAGAACUAAAAUGCCACGAAACAUUGAUGGUUCUUAAACUUGAGGGAUGGCAGAGAGCAUUGACAGUCGCGAGGAGAGCGAAAGAGUUACUUAGAAAAGUGCAGAAGGAAAUUAAGAGCAAAGAAUCCUUUAGGUUGACCAAGAGUUCCUACCUGUUCUCUAAGGGUGAAGUUUAUUACAGAGCUGGGAAUAUGGCCAAAUCACUGAGGAUUUUGCACAAGGCGCUGAAGAUAAUGGAAAAUGUACUUCACAGCCACACAAGCACUUCAAGGUGCUUAAACGCCAUUGGAAACUGCCACAACAAGCUAGGAGAACAUGACGAGGCCAUAAAGUACUACAUGAGAGCAUACGAUAUGAGACAACAGCUUUCUGGCUCAAUGAAACAUUUUGACAUGCCCCUCUUCAAAGGACAGAUCGGGACGGUUUAUGAAGGAAAGAAACAAUUUGAAAAGGCAAUCGAAUUCUACAAAGAGGCCAUAGAGCUCGCUAAGGAGCUAAAAAUCCCGGGCAUGCUGAACACUGCUCUGUUCAAUCGAAACAUUGCUAACGCGUACUGUUGGUUGCAAAACUUUAAAGACGCUUACCAACCUGCAAAGAACGCUUACGAGAUCCGGAAGGUCAUUUUGGGAAGGCACCCUGACACUGCUCGAAGUGCUUUCCAAAUUGCGGAGAUUUGUCGAGACUUGGAGGACUCUGACGAAGCGAAAAAGUUUUAUGAGGAAGCAUGGGAGAUUGAGAAGUCUCUAGGCCAAGGAAACCACAGCGAGGUCAUGGUCAGCAUCGUUGAGAGGUACGAAGCGAUUCUUCGCAAAGGAGAGAGGAAAGAUCAGUUUCGACAAGAAGCAUUCGACUUUUUUCUUCGUCACUGGGACGAAGAAAGAGCCUUCGAAGGAUUUGAAUUUUCACUCGCCAACAAGAGAAUUAUUGAUUCAGUAAAAAAAGGGCUUGGUGAAUUUGGCGACCGUCAAACACAGGAGAGAUACCAAAAAGAAGCUCUAUGGUUUUAUGAAGGCGCUUGGAAUUCACCGGACACGAGAAAGUUACCAGACACCAAGAGAGAGGAAAUUCUGCAAACUCUCUGUGAGCUCUGUGCACAGCUUUCCGAGAAAAGUAAGGGCGAAAAGUACAGUAACGAAGCCUUUCGAUUUUAUGAAGAGAAAUGGAAAAGAAAGAAGGAAGGAAUGUCAGAGCACGACAGAAUCGACAUUCUCACCAACCUUGUAGAAAUGGCUACAUCACAGAUGAAAGAGAGGAAGAGACAGAAGUAUGAGAGUUUGUUAAAGGUAUGACAAAGCUCUUUAACCUAUUAAUGGCUGACAUCAACUUGAAUGGGGUCUAGUUAAGAGAAAGAUGUUUUCCGUCUUGUCACGAGCGUGGAACAAAGAAAAAAUUCCUCAUGAGGAAUCGAACCUCAAACCUUCGGAUUCCGCGCCCCGGUGCUCUACCACUGAGGCACAGAGACUCUAAUGUGAGCGAGGUCUAUUACGAAGUUCUUAAGGGUUUUAGUUUAGUAUACAUAAUAGUACAAUCGCUAACUUUCAUUAGUUUUUCACUCUCUAAUUGGUUGAACCGAGCAAUCUCGCGAAAUCUACCCAGCUAGUCUCCUUGUGGAACAAAUGCAUCUUAGACUUACCAAAAGUGUUAUCCUUACAUUGUCCAAGCAUGCUACAUUAUCCUUGGUGGCUCAACACAUUUUGCUUUUUAUUAGCCCAUUUACGUUACUUAGAUUCGGAUUAAUGGCGAUUCUCUGAACUUUUUACCGUUUAAAUGCUCACUCAGGGAGCCAAACAGAGCGGAACUUUGAUGGGAACCGUGAAAGGAUUCCUUUCUCAUGGAGCAAAAGGUAUUUGAUGAGGGAAUACUUUGACCAUAAGUCGCGCAUAUAUUAAAUAACGAAAGACAAAGGCGGUCUCUUGAAGACAAUAGUUAAAAACGCCCGCAAUUACACUUAUAAAAAACGUGGUUAAAAAUGAUUUUUUAUAUAAGCAUAGUUGCAGGCUUUCUUUUUACUAAUAUGUCCGAGAGAACGCGGGUGUCUUUCGUUAUUUAUGAGCAUGGUUGAUGUUUGGUAAGGUUCGUCUUUCCACGGGGCGUAGGCGAACGAUGCUUUAUUGUAAUUGUUUUGAAAAAUGCAGGAUUUGCUUUUCACUGAUGAAUCCUUUUCAAGUAAAAAAAGUUUGUUAUUUUAGAAGUUGAACAGCUGUUCAAUGAGAACGAUGACGGUGACAACGAAGUUGACAUUCCUUCCGAUGAUGAUGAUGAUGAUCACGAUAGUUCCGAUGGUAGCGAAGAGAUUCCAGAGGCUAGUCAGCAAGUGCAACAACUAGCAAUUCAAGAAGAAGAUGACGAAGAGUUAAAAAGUGAGCAGGAACAAGAUCCAGAUAGGAUAAAGAUACACGAGUAAGUGGAAAUGAAUGGUCGCUUGCGUUUGCGCAAUGAUUUCUGGAAUCACCACGGGGCAAACAUUGCAAGUUGUUGUAAGGAAAUUUUUGGCCGAAGGUUGUUUCAAGGUCCAAAAAAGAUCCAUUCUGGAUAGAGAUCGAUGCUUUUCCGCUGCAUAUUUAUCAUGAAUGGAUUAGAUGACGUCAAUACAAUGGAACUGUUUGUGUUUUUCAGAAUUACCACGAGAUUAUAUGUUAUGAAAUAUACCGAUGAACCUCUCUUCUUACCUAAGGCCUAUUAAAAGGACACACAAGCAAGUUAAAAUACGUUACAGUGUUAUUUACAAAACAACACGCGCACACUCUGAAAGAAUUCUUAUAGUUACGCAUUUAACUAGCCCUCCUUUCUGCAAAUUUGUUUCCAUAAUUAAUGAUUUUACGCUGUUAUGGACCACAAAGCACAACUGUUUUGAGCGACAAACUCAACAUUGCCUUGCAAUCAUCAAAAUCAACUGGACAAACCCAGCGUGAUGUAUUGCGUGACGUGUUAUGCUCACAUGGCCUGUUUCGCGGGUUGCAAAAAGUAAUAACUUUAAUAACUGACUGAAAAAAAAUUAACCAAAAAGGUCUAGAACAGUUAUUAGAUUCAGUUUUGAGGUUAAGUGUAAUUAUCUGAGCAAGUUUCUUACUUGCAAUUUUAAUACCCUUGUCAUUGCUUACUCCACUUGCACAAAAAUGCUCUGAAAAUGCUGGGUGAUUAAUUUUCCUUUGUAUUUCAGAGGAAAAAUCGGAGGUAAAGAAGACACAUGGCACAUAAGGGAAGCGGGUGCCUCUAUCCAACUUUGCAGUGAGGCUAUCCAACAUCCCUUGCCAUUUACAUGUAGAUGCUUACUGUGGAACCCCAGAAUCCUCUCCCCACCCAUUGCUAAUGAUGAGAUAUUGGUUAGCAGUGUUAUUGAACUAUCUCAUGAUGGCCCACCAGAUCUGGAGUACAAGGAAAGUGUUGAAGGAACAAGAUUUACAGUAGCUUUGUUGCACAGUGCCCCAAAUUUGGAGGGGUAUGAGGUGGUUAUCAAGCAACUGAUUGACCAAGAGAACAAUGAAUGGAAGGAAUUGAAGACAGAGAAUACUUGGCAUGGAUCAGGUACCAUUAUGUUGUUAUGAAAUGCAAGUGUGAAUAACUUAUUGAAUUAUAUUCUCAGGCUCCCUUUUUCACUGGUACCAAUGUCAGUAUCUGAGCAAUUGUGCACCUCCCCUCUCCUAACCCAAAAUUAACCCGAGCUUGUAACCUAAACUUAGCAGUUGACUAUUAUUGGCUUAGGGGAGGAGUAGGUGUGCACGGAUUCAGAUACUGAUGUUGAUCUCUGCAAUGCAUGACCUCCGAGCUACACUCAUAAUGUCCAAAUACACUUCUUGCCACUUCAUGAGCAUUAAAAAUCCAACAGAGUUUUUAUUUUUUUUAUUUUACCUGUAGUUGCAUCCAAGAAGUACGCGUAAUUAUGGCAUAGAUAUUACAAGAAGUCUACAAUGCAUUUUAAUCAUUUUAAUAUAAAUUUAUCUUAAUCACCAUGUUGUUGCAGAAUUAAUUCUUUGAAGCAAAAGAAUUAAAGACUUGAAGACUUCAAAACACGGCUGAAGGAAGCAAUUUCAACCAUUAUUUUUAUUUUCACGCAGGAACUUCAACAGUUCCCCAGUGGCUUUUCCCGUUUGCACAAGCUGUUUGUACAAAAUCAGCAGUUUCUUCAUUUGCUGCAAUCUGGCGUCCUAAGUCUUUCACCUUUUCAAGAGGUACUGCAGUAGGUCCGGAAUUGACCUGUAUUGUGCCUGAAUUUCCUGAUGUCAGUGUCCAAAUUCCUCAGAGUUGUGUGCCUGUCAAUCAAGAUUUCUGUGUCACAAUCAAGGUACAUGGAACUUUAAAAUUCUAUACAUGCAUGAGUUCUGCAAGUUUUUCAUUUUCCAGUUUUGAAAGUUGUAAGAUUGACGUGAGGGGAUUGUCUAAAGCAAGGAGAUAUAUAACACAAAGGUGUUACAAGAGUAUAGCCUAUACCCUCAGUUACUUGCCAUACAUUCCAUGAACUUGGUGGCAAUAUUGAUGGAAAGAGAGAUAUAAAUUAACAACUUUAAGGUAAAUACAGGACAGUUGUGCAUGUGCUUUCAUGUUUGUGAAGAUACAUGUAGUAAUGUUCUAAUCACUAGUUUUGGUAACUUCAAAUUAUUUGUGGUAUUACUGUCCCCAAAUGUAGUCAUGGAUCCUGGCAAUUCCCUUUUUAAAAACUAGGUUUUGGAGAACUCAUUCUAAGCAACAAACAGAACAUUUGUUUUUGUUUUGCUUAGACAUAAAUGUCAAAUUGAAAUCAUUCCUGUCAGGUAAAUUGGUUUUGCGCUUUGUAUUAGUUUGCAAUUAAUGCAGUUAGUGGAUGAAGUUAAGAAUGAUAUCAUGAUGAAUUAGCAAAACCAAGGUCUGAGUUAUCCGUGGGAGCCAAAGAUAACACAGACAUAGGGUUUGAUGAGUUAUGAUAUCAUGCAAAAACUAAAUUAAAUUAUUGUUUUACCAUACAUCUUUUAAACAAACUGCAAAGGAAGACACUUCUCUCUAAAUUUACAAAAGUUUAAGAAUACUUCACAGACAGUCAGGGCUUGGAAACUAGGUUGAAAUCAGGUUGAAAUCGACAUGAUACCUGCAAUAUCUGCUGCAGAUAUCGGGUUAUUAUAAUGAUAACUUCACACUUAAUUGUAUAUUGAUUGUGUGCUCCUGACCAAUCAGACUUUUUAUGGUAAGUCCAAUAUAUACAUUUUUUCAUAACAAUGCUUAUAUUGCUAUAUAAAACUUUGAGAGGACAUUUACAUUGUGUACUAUAGUUUUAGAUAGUUUUGAAAUUUCAUCUUGAAAUUCUCUUUUCAUAAUGUAAAGCAAAUGAACUUUAUGCUGGGAGUAGUUGAAUAUGUCCAACAUAACUUGUUUUGCUUUUAAAUCCAGGUACAAGAAUUCCCAAGCAGUGAGCUAAAAGGAGAGGGAGGACUUGUCGGUCCAGUUCUUUACAUUUCAAGCUCUCAAAAUGUUACUCUCAUCGCGCCUGUAACAAUAAGGAUUCCUCUUACCCUCCAUAGAGGAAAACAAGAGCCAGCAGAGUUAUGUCCUGGUGAACUGAGGAUAUUACACUGUGAGUCUCUAGUUGAACCACAUGACUGGAAAGACAUUACAGAUCAAUUGGAUGAACCGCCGCGUCUUCUAAAUGGGAAAGCGCAAUUCAAAGUUAGGCAUUUCUCUGGGUAAAUAUUUAUUGUCGGCUUUAUUUAAAAAAAAUACGCAAGACGUAGAGGAAAUUUAACAGUAUUUUAGUGUACAGUCAUACAUCCAUGUAUUUCUUUUAGUUCAAGAUAGAUUCAAUAAAUAAAAUGAUUACUCGAGUACGUAGACUCAAGAUUAGUGUGCCAUGGCUAAUAAUCAUUUCCGUUGGGUUGCUUGAGCUGUAUUUGGUUUUACUUUUCUUUUUUGGCAGAUUCCGUCCAAUCAAGUUGAUCAGAUCACUUUUACAAUCUGCUUCAGGCCUCACAGAGUUUUUAAGGAAACUUUGCAGUAGGUCUAGGCCUCAGCAUGCCCGAUUUUUUACGUGCUUGUGUGAGACGGGUGUUCGUGAUCAUUUUGGACUCAAACUUUUUUGCUACCCUCAAAGACUGUAUUAUGAUGUAAAACGGCAAAUAUCAGAGUGUGUCGUGCCCUACAAAGAAGAAGGCAGCUCUUCUAAACCAGUCUAUGGAGAGGAGAAAAUUUUGGUGUCUCUUUCCAAGGCAAUCAUACCUCAGGGCACAGACCAGAAAAAUGCCUUACAAUUUGUGAGGUAUAAUAAAAUAUAAUUUAUUUUUGGCCCAUCAAUUGAAUACUUCUAAAUACGUUCAUGCUAGUUUUACAUAGAAAUGAUUUAUUCAUUUCAUUGUAAAAUUGUACAUUGUUCAAAUGUCAGUUAACCAUUUUUCGCCAUGGCUUUUCUAGUUUUCUUAUCAAUAAAUAGAGCCAUAGAGGUAUACAUGUUGGUUUUUUUUGGACUUAAUUGUCUUCAAAUGCUCGAUUUUAAAUAUUCAGUAGGUCUCUCGUCAAAUUUGCUGUCAUUUUCGAUUGUAAGAAAAUAUUUCAAAACGUGUGCUAUUCUAGACGAAGACUCGACUGGUGUACGUUGGGUUUACCUCAUUUAAAUUCAUUUCUUUUUUAAUAGAUUCCACGAAAACGAAGUUUAUUACACAGCUGGUGAAGUUUGCCUAAGAAGUGAGAGUGUUCCAGUAGUGAAGUUUUGCGACCAAAAUCAGGAACUUUUGUGUAACAUUAUCAUGGUGUUAGCGUCUCAAGUAAGUGACAUCUUGCGGUUUGUGGAUUUGCUAAUUAAAUGCACUUUUAGCCCAGAGCUAAUAUAGUACUGAUGCCAACCUUAUUAUAGUAGAUGACAAUGAAUUAAAAGGAUUAGCAAUGCUUUAACCACAGGCAGCCCAAGCUCCAGUUGUGUGAUGAUCAUCUUGCGAAAUAAGAGUCAUGGCGAAAAUUUUAGUUUGUAUGGGAAAAAUUACGACCGCUCUUAGGAAGUAAAAAUACAGUCAAAUUCUCAACAAAAAUAUUUUACCUUACUUCCAAAGUGCAUUUCCUGUUGUCAGACCACUUACUAAGAUGAAAAGAAGCCAUUUUAGCAAGUUCUUUAUGUCUAGGUUUCCUUCUCCUUGGAGCUGUAAACCUUUUUCCGAGUAAGAUAAUGAGGUCAUUUAAGGCGGCACGAAACUUAUUAAGGACGAAUCACUAGAAAAGAAACACUGAAGAAUGUCGAAUAGGAAAAGAAAUAUCCUGCCCACAGGAAACAGUAAAUGAACAUGCAGGGCCUUGCAAAUUUUUGAUUUUGUGUAUUACUUUUAUUUUUUAGUUGCUUUAAAGUCGCUUUCUAUGCCUCGGCCUUUUUUCUUAAUUAUUUUUCCUUUUUCUUAUUAAUUAGUAAUUUUUUUUAUUUCCUCAUUUCUAUUCACCUCAUACUCACCCGUAAUAUUGUAAAUUUUCCCUCCUCCAUUUAGGUUUCUAUUCCUGUCACCUCUGACUUUGAAGAAGGAAGUGGUAAGAUGUUGUUUUUGUUGUAGGUUUCGUUGUUGUUCGAAUAAAUACAAUUUACUAGACCAGUCAUCUUGUUCUAAAAUAUGUUGUUCGAAUAAAUAAAAUUUACUUAGGACCAGUCAUCUUGUUCUAAAAUAUGUAAAUUCAGAAACAUAGGCUCUAUGGGUUUUGAAAAUGUAGCAUUUAGUGACAAAGCACGUGUUCUCAACGGAAAGUCAUAAUAACCUACCUUACUUCAUGUGUCAAUAAAUCGGGCCGUGCCCCCCUUACGCUCAACAGUGAUGGCUUAUUGUCUCUGUUAUAUAUCAGUAAACUCAAUGCAGACCACGGUGCGUGGGUCCCUCCUUGCAGGGAAUUUGAUGCUGAAAACAAAUAAAGCACCAAAUAGCUCGGGAAAGAUAUAGAGAAGUGUAAUUCUCCAAAAAAUCAUUCCGUCGGCUAUAUCGUUAAAAUGAUGGCCUUAUUGCUUUUCGAAUGAAAUCUUGAAUCGAAUAUGUUUCCAUACAACGACCCCCUUCGUCAAAUUUGUCAAUGCUCAUUGUUACUUAUGGGAGAAAUCGUCAAAACUUACUACUUUAAUUUGUGGACGCUGAGUCUUACCCGUAUGAUCACAGUCCAGGAUCACCACAUCAAAGUUUCCGAACCAUAUGUGCCACAAGACUUGCAUUAGUUCCCAACCCAGCCAUCUCAUUAACCCCAUUAUUAUGCAGGUAUUUCCUCCCAAAGUGUGAAACAUUCAGUUGUAAAGCGUCCAAAUUCAGAAUCAUCGUCAUGCAGCCCUGUUGCAGCUCCUAGGAAGAGGAUACGCCAAUCUGCAGGUGGUACCGAGAUUGAAAAUGCGCGAUGGAUUUUCCUUUUUAAUUGUAUUUUUUUCAAGUCUGCAUGUUGUUACGCGUUUAUUUAUGGUAAAAUUUGUUUAUGCAGAAAGACUGGCAUUAUAUUUAUUAUAAAUCCUCUUUACCCACUUAUAUAAGAGAAUAAAAAAUAAUGAAUUAAAACUGAGUGGGCUCAAUCCAACACCCGUAUAUCUUGAACAACUAUAACCUACUCUAGCAUUAACGGCUGGAGACUAUAGCUAGGAGACGUCAAUGACCUCCAUUUUCAAGAUGCUUGUUGGGCCAUACGCAAAAUAAGAGGUCAGAAAUAGAUAAUGAGUCUGGAAAACUUUCUAAGCGUUUUUUUUUUUUGGUUUAUGUAUGGAUUGGGAAAAUGGUUCCAUGCCGCUGCAAAUGUCCCCUCGCUCAAGCUUGACAAUCUCUAGGGCAGACGAUUCGGUAUUGAAUGAUGCCAAAAAAUGAGAAGUCGCCUUUCGCCGCAACUGUUCGCUGUUCGCCAAAGCCUUGAAGCAUCCCUUUUCUAAUUUCUUAUUCUCCCUCUGUUGUUAUCCUCAGGUAUAUAUUUGGUUAAAGAUGGGGAACCGUCAAAUGAGGAGUUGGAAUAUCUGUCUCGGGAACUUGAAGGAAAAUGGGACAAAUUAGGAAGGCGCCUGGGAUUCAGCCCAGCCGUAAUAAGAAACUAUGAUGUAGACAACCCGAAGUUGGCAGAUAAAGCUUUUAACAUGUUAAUAGAUUGGAAACAAGGACAAGGCAGCAAAGCCACUUACACAGUUUUGCACGAUGCCUUGUGUCACAACUUGGUGAAUCGUAAAAGUCUAGCAGAACAGUUUUGUUGCGAUAAGAUUGAAGGCAAUGCCUCUCGUUAG